AUGCUGCCAACGCCAUCCAUCUCGGCACAUACAACCGGUCAGCGGAGUGUUUUCGAGGGCAAAACCAUUAUGCUAUCUCCGGAUCUUGGAAUGGAGUCUAUUGAAGCUGUUCUGAAGCACGGCGGAGCUGAAGUGACAUCAAAGAUUGAUACUGCAGAUAUGCUGAUCUGCCGUUACCGAGAAGGCUUUGCCUACCGAACGGCGUCGCGGCUUAACAUAAACGUUGGAAACCUCGCCUGGCUUUACCGGCUCGAGAACACCCAUUUGAUUACUGCCUAUGGAACGAGCGAGAAGUGCAACGCCGCAAAAAAACGGGGUCUUGAAGUCGUCAAUCACUUGUGGCUGGAAGACAGCUAUGCUAAAUGGAAGCUGCAACCCGCUUCAGACGCGCGCUAUAGCCACUUCCCUCUGCGAACCAAUCUUGGAGAAGUUGCUGGCUAG